GCACACUUCCUCGUUAAUAUUCAGAUUGUAUUUGCCGCACUCUUCCGACCACAUUCAUUCUUCAAAGGAAUCCAAUAGCUGAAAUCAUGAGAUGUACGGUAAUACGAAGUAUAUGAGACUAUGUGAUACGGAUUAUACAUAUAUAUACACGGAGUAUAUAUACCCUCACAGCUGUGUUUGUACUCAAAAGGCCAUGACAGCUCCAAAAGUUGAGAAAUCAGAGGAUGAAAGGAGGGCCGUGCUCUCUCCCGAACAGUUUCGGAUCCUUCGACAAAAAGGCACCGAAUUGCGUGGCACCGGGGAAUAUGACAAGUUUUAUGGGGAAGGAAUCUACAAUUGUGGUGGUUGUGGGACCCCACUCUAUAAAUCUACAACCAAGUUCGACUCUGGUUGCGGUUGGCCUGCCUUUUAUGAAGGUUUCUCCGGGGCAAUUACCCGCUCACCUGACCCUGAUGGAAGGAGGACUGAGAUCACCUGCACUGCUUGUGGAGGACACCUAGGCCAUGUUUUCAAAGGUGAAGGGUACAAAACACCUACAGACGAACGCCACUGUGUGAACAGUGUCUCAAUCAAGUUUGCUCCUGCACAUAUUUCAGAAUCCUGAAGUUGGAGCUGGUCAUAGCGUAAAAACAUAUUCCUCGCUUCUAGAUGCAGAGAGGGCUGUUGGAAGUGUUAUUCUGAACAUUGGGGGUGGCUGUGUUUCAUGUUGUUUAUUGUUGUUUUAAAGACUACUAUCAGUGUAUAUGCUCUUAUAAAGUGCUGUAAGUUGGAUUGAUUACGAUGAUGUUGUUAUUAAUUUAUUAUAUAUGAUUAUAAAUUCCCUUGUGCCGUCUUCUAAAUAUUCUGCCUUUUCUUUACCAUAACUCCAUGUUAGUAGUAGAAGUGUUUAGGGUUAUUUGGCAAUUUAUUAGAACUGUCAUUUACUAUGCUAUACCUC